AUGGAUAUAGUUGAACAAGAAAAUCAGAGUCUCAGGGAGGAGGUUGCCACGUUACGAGAGGGAAUGGAUAGGUUGACGACCAUGAUGAGUGCGCUCCUGUCAGCCCAGAACUCUCAAGCUGCCGCCGCUGCUGUAGAGCAGCCUUUGGUGAGCACAACCCCACUAUCUACGGUGACUUCUCCACCCCUCUUUUUGCCUCCAGGUUGUACAUGGGGAAUGCCACCUCCAGUCUGUGGAGGCCCCCAGCCCGCUGUAUCUGAAGUUCCACCUCCUUUUGCUCAGCAGUCAGCUCCAGUUCCGCAACCCGGUACCUCUUUCCCUCAAGCUGCAAUGACUUAUUCAGCUCCACUGAUUCACACUAUUCAACAAGAGGUUGAACCAAUUUUCCAAGAUGAAAAUGUUGUAGCCUUCGACAAGAUGGAAGAACUCCAAGAAAGAUUUGAUGGUAUGCAAAGGGAAGUCGAAGCCCUCCGAGGAAGAGAUCUGUUCGGGAAGGACGCCUGUGAAUUAUGCUUGGUCCCAAAUGUUACUAUCCCUCACAAGUUCAAGGUGCCAGACUUCGAGAAGUAUAAAGGGAACUCUUGUCCCCGCAGUCACUUGGUGAUGUACGCGCGGAAAAUGUCCAUGUAUACUGACAAUCAUAAGCUGCUUAUUCAUUUCUUUCAGGACAGCCUGACUGGGGCCGCUCUGAAAUGGUAUAUGAAUUUGGACAGUGCGAGCAUUCGUACUUUCAAUGACCUGGGUGAAGCGUUCAUCCGGCAGUAUAAGUACAAUCUGGACAUGGCCCCAGAUCGUGAUCAGCUCCGUGCGAUGACACAAAAAGAGAAGGAAACGUUCAAGGAGUAUGCCCAGCGUUGGAGGGAAGUGGCUGCCCAGAUUGUCCCGCCGUUGGAAGAAAAGGAAAUGACCAAAAUAUUCCUGAAGACCUUGAGCCAGUUUUAUUACGAGAAAAUGGUUGCAAGCGCACCAACAGACUUCACUGAAAUGGUCAACAUGGGGGUGCGAUUAGAGGAAGGUGUCCGAGAGGGACGUUUGACUGGGGAAAGUGCCCCUGCCGCAAGUAAUGCCAAGAAGUUUGGAGGCCACUUUGCGAAGAAGAAAGAUCAAGAGGUGGGAAUGGUAGCUCAUGGUAAGCCUCAGCAGAAUUUCACCCCAUAUCGUCAGGUUGCGAAUGUCGCAUCCACUAUCCCAAACCCAUCAUAUCACCAACAAAGGCCACAUUACCCCCACCAAUACCCUCCACAACAAUACCCUCCACAACAAUACCCUCCACAACAAUACCCUCUGCCACAAUACCCUCAAAAACAACAAAAUCGCCCGCAGACCCCCCAACAACCAUAUCACUCACAAAACCGCCAGAAAACAACCUUUGAUCCAAUCCCGAUGAAAUAUGCUGACUUACUCCCCGCCCUGCUCGCCAAAAACCUUGUCCAGGUCAGAACACCCCCUCGUACACCAGAUGUUUUACCUCCCUGGUUUCGUCAUGAUUUAACCUGUGCUUUCCACCAAGGGGCCCCAGGUCAUGACGUUGAAAACUGCUAUGUCCUGAAGAAUGAAGUGCAAAAACUUGUCCGAGCCAACUUGCUAUCCUUCAAAGAUCAGAAUCCCAAUGUUCAGGCGAACCCUCUGCCGAACCAUGGGCCUACUGUCAACAUGAUACAAGAUUGUGGUGAAGAAGGUGUCAUCCUAAACGUCCAGCACAUUCGAACUCCCCUGGUCCCAAUACAUAUCAAGAUGUGCGAGGCAGCUCUGUUUGACCAUGAUCAUGCAGCGUGUGAAAUAUGUCCAGUGAAUGUAAAAGGAUGCCCGAAGGUACAAAAGGACAUACAAGGGCUGAUAGACAGCAGAGAACUAACCAUCACGAGGAAGGACAGAGAAGUGUGCGUCAUUACCCCCGAGUUUCAGCGGUUGGAAAUAAGCUAUAACAGUGGGGAAUCAACUACUACUCCACUAGUGAUUAGUUUGCCAGGACCUAUGCCGUAUGCUUCUCUAAAAGCGGUCCCUUACAAGUAUAGUGCCACGAUGUUGGAAGGUGGGCAGGAGGUGCCUUUGCCUUCUCCAACUCCUGCGAUUUCUGUGGACAACAUUGCUAGUGACGGUAAAGUUCUAAGGAAUGGACGUGUUAUCCCCACAUUGUUUGCAAAGAAAGUGAAUGAUCCGGCAGUUAAACAGGCGACAGUGAAUGGCCCCGGUACAAGGAAGGAAGUAGGCCAAUCCAAUGGGACUAGCAAGAAUUCUGAUCAUGACGAGAUUCUGAAACUGAUCCAGAAGAGUGAGUAUAAAGUAGUAGACCAGCUGCUGCAAACUCCCUCUAAGAUAUCCAUUUUGUCUCUGCUAUUGAACUCAGAAGCACACCGUGAGGCUCUAAUGAAGGUGUUGGACCAAGCUUUUGUGGAGAGGGACGUGACUGUUAAUCAAUUGGACAGUAUAGUAGGAAACAUUACUGCCUGCAAUAAUUUAAGUUUUAGUGAUGAAGAGCUUCCUGAGGAGGGGAGGAACCACAAUCUGGCGUUACAUAUAUCGGUGAACUGCAAGUCAGAUGCUCUGUCGAAUGUACUUGUGGACACUGGUUCCUCAUUGAAUGUAAUGGCCAAAUCCACAUUAGAUCAACUUUCCUACCGGGGGCCUCCCAUGAGAAGAAGCGGGGUGGUGGUCAAAGCGUUUGAUGGAUCAAGAAAGUCUGUUAUCGGGGAGGUUGAUUUGCCCAUUACAAUUGGGCCGUUUGUUUUCCAAAUUACAUUCCAGGUGAUGGAUAUCCAAGCCGCAUACAGUUGCCUUUUGGGUAGGCCGUGGAUCCAUGAAGCGGGGGCCGUGACAUCCACCUUGCAUCAAAAGCUGAAGUUUGUCAGAAAUGGGAGUUUGAUCACUGUGAGCGGAGAGGAAGCCUUGUUGGUUAGUCAUUUGUCAGCUUUUUCCUUUAUUGGUGCUGAUGAAACAGAAGGAACCUCUUUCCAAGGCCUGACUGUAGAGGGUAAAAAGCCAGAGAAGAAUGAAGUAUCUUUUGCUACUUGGAAGAGCGCACAGAAAGUGGUGCAGGAAGGAACAGGUGUAGGAUGGGGAAAAGUUGUGCAGUUGAUAGAGAGUAAAAACCGCGCAGGACUGGGAUUUGCUUCUUCUGCAGGAUCCGCAACGAACAGUGUUGGAUCAAGCUCCAUUACUAGCACCUUUUGUAGCGCCGGGUUCAUCAACAACUCGCCAGAAGCCAAUGCUGUCUUGGAAGAUGUUCCUGAAGAGAUAGUGCUUGCAUUUGUCACACCUGGAAAACUUGUUCGCAACUGGGACGCGGUUGACAUCCCUGCAGUGGUUCAUGCAUCAAAACUAGGCAUUUACGAGCCCGUUGAACAUAAUAACCCCGCACUCUCUCCCAACUUCGAAUCUCCUGUCUACGAGGCUGAAGAGGAGGAGGAUGAUGAAAUCCCGGAGGAACUCGCUCGGUUAUUGGAAUAUGAAAAGAAAACCAUUCGGCCUCAUGAGGAGGUAGUAGAGGUGAUUAACUUGGGAACCGAGGAAGAUAAGAAGGAAGUCAAGAUUGGGGCAUCGCUUGAGGCAACUGUCAAACGAAGGGUGAUUGAAUUACUCAAAGAAUACGUCGGUGUGUUCGCAUGGUCGUACCAAGAUAUGCCUGGCUUGGAUCCCCGUAUCGUGGAGCACCGUUUGCCUUUGAAGCCCGAAUGCCCACCGGUCAAACAGAAACUGAGAAGAACUCGCCCUGACAUGGCUCUCAAGAUCAAAGAGGAAGUACAGAAGCAGAUCGAUGCAGGUUUUCUUGUCACAUCAGAGUAUCCUCAAUGGCUAGCCAACAUAGUGCCUGUUCCAAAGAGGGACGGCAAAGUCAGGAUGUGCGUUGACUACCGGGAUUUGAACAAGGCUAGUCCGAAAGAUGACUUUCCUCUACCUCACAUCGAUGUAUUGGUUGACAGCGCUGCAAAGUCCAAGGUCUUCUCCUUCAUGGACGGUUUCUCUGGGUACAAUCAGAUCAAGAUGGCAGUUGAAGACAGAGAAAAGACAUCUUUCAUCACGCCUUGGGGCACCUUUUGCUACAGGGUAAUGCCUUUUGGGUUAAUAAAUGCAGGUGCCACUUACCAAAGAGGCAUGACCACUCUCUUUCAUGACAUGAUGCACAAAGAGAUAGAAGUGUACGUGGAUGAUAUGAUUGUCAAGUCAGGCACUGAAGAAGAACAUGUCGAGUACUUGCUGAAGAUGUUUCAACGGCUGAGAAAGUACCAACUUCGACUGAAUCCCAACAAAUGUACCUUUGGUGUUAGAUCUGGAAAACUCUUGGGUUUCAUUGUCAGUCAGAAAGGUAUUGAAGUAGAUCCUGACAAGGUCAAGGCCAUUAGAGAAAUGCCGGUUCCACAAACAGAGAAACAAGUGAGAGGUUUUCUUGGGCGUCUAAAUUACAUUUCUCGUUUCAUCUCGCACAUGACAGCCACGUGCGGACCUAUAUUCAAGUUGCUCCGAAAAGAUCAAGGGGUUGUUUGGACCGAAGAUUGUCAAAAGGCUUUUGAUAGUAUCAAGAAUUAUCUGCUAGAACCUCCAAUUCUUAUACCUCCAGUUGAAGGAAGGCCUCUGAUUAUGUACUUGACUGUGUUAGAAGAUUCUAUGGGCUGUGUGCUCGGACAACAGGAUGAGACCGGAAGGAAAGAACAUGCCAUCUACUACUUGAGCAAGAAGUUUACAGAUUGUGAGUCCAGGUACUCCCUACUUGAGAAAACUUGUUGUGCACUAGCCUGGGCUGCCAAGCGUCUUCGUCACUACAUGAUUAACCACACCACCUGGCUAAUAUCCAAAAUGGACCCGAUCAAGUAUAUCUUUGAGAAACCCGCUCUGACAGGAAGAAUUGCUCGUUGGCAGAUGUUGUUAUCCGAGUAUGAUAUCGAAUACCACACCCAGAAGGCAAUUAAGGGAAGUGUCCUUGCUGAUCAUUUGGCUCACCAACCAAUUGAGGACUAUCAACCCAUCAAGUUUGACUUUCCUGAUGAAGAGAUUAUGCACUUGAAGAUGAAGGAUUGUGAUGAACCAUUGCUUGGAGAAGGUCCAGAUCCCGAGUCUAGAUGGGGUUUGAUUUUUGAUGGAGCCGUGAAUGUCUUUGGCAAUGGAAUUGGGGCAGUUAUUAUCACUCCGGAAGGUAAUCAUCUCCCUUUCGCUGCAAGGUUACAGUUUGAUUGCACCAACAAUAUGGCAGAAUAUGAAGCAUGUAUCUUGGGCAUUGAAAAAGCCAUCGACUUGAGAAUCAAGAACCUUGACAUUUACGGGGAUUCAGCUCUCGUAAUCAACCAAAUCAAAGGAGAAUGGGAAACUCGCCACCCCGGCUUGAUUCCAUACAAAGAUUAUGCAAAGCGUUUGCUAACCUUCUUCAACAAAGUAGAGCUUCACCACAUCCCUCGUGAUGAGAACCAGAUGGCAGAUGCGUUAGCAACUUUAUCCUCCAUGUACGAAGUGAGUCACCGGAACAAUUUGCCAACAAUCAGAAUUCAGCGCCUCGAGAGGCCCGCUCACGUGUUUGCAGUCGAAGAGGUUGUCGAUGAUAAGCCCUCAUCCAACAAAGACAGGAGAACUUUGAGAAGAUUGUCUGGUAAUUUCUUCCUAAAUGGGGAUGUUUUGUACAAAAGAAACUUUGACAUGGUACUACUCAGGUGUGUAGAUAAGCAAGAAGCAGAACUUUUGAUGCAUGAGGUACAUGAAGGCUCCUUUGGAACUCACUCCAAUGGACAUGCAAUGGCUAGGAAGUUGUUGAGAGCAGGUUACUACUGGAUGUCGAUGGAAACAGAUUGUUGCAAGCAUGCCAGGAAGUGCCACAAAUGCCAGAUUUAUGCUGACAGAAUUCAUGUACCACCAACUACACUUAAUGUUCUUUCUUCUCCGUGGCCCUUCUCUAUGUGGGGCAUCGAUGUGAUUGGUAGAAUCGAACCGAAAGCUUCAAACGGACAUCGUUUCAUUCUAGUGGCUAUUGAUUACUUCACCAAGUGGGUUGAAGCAGCAUCUUAUGCAAAUGUGACUAAGCAAGUUGUGGUCCGCUUUAUCAAGAAUCAGAUCAUCUGCCGUUAUGGUGUGCCCAACAGAAUCAUCACAGAUAAUGGAACGAACUUGAAUAACAAGAUGAUGAAAGAUUUGUGUGAAGAGUUCAAGAUUGAGCAUCACAAUUCUUCUCCUUACAGACCUCAGAUGAAUGGCGCAGUUGAAGCUGCAAACAAGAAUAUCAAGAAGAUAGUGCAGAAGAUGGUGGUCACAUACAAAGACUGGCACGAGAUGUUACCGUAUGCUUUGCAUGGGUAUCGCACUUCAGUGCGUACUUCAACAGGGGCAACCCCCUUCUCUUUGGUGUAUGGUAUGGAAGCAGUACUCCCUGUGGAGGUUGAGAUUCCAUCAAUGAGAGUUCUAAUGGAGGCCCAGUUAUCAGAAGCUGAAUGGUGCCAAAGCAGAUAUGAUCAGUUGAAUCUAAUUGAAGAAAAACGCAUGAAAGCCUUGUGCCACGGACAACUUUAUCAACAGAGGAUGAAGCAAGCUUUCGACAAGAAGGUUCGUCCUCGCGUGUUUCAAGAAGGAGAUCUUGUGCUCAAGAAGGUUUUAUCUUUCCAACCCGAUUCUAGGGGCAAGUGGACGCCCAAUUACGAAGGCCCAUAUGUCGUCAAGAGAGCUUUCUCUGGUGGUGCACUGACUCUUACGACUAUGGAUGGGGAUGAGCUCCCUCGUCCCGUGAAUGCGGAUGCAGUCAAGAAAUACUUUGUCUAAAAAUAAAAAAACAGCUCGGUAAGUCGAAAACCCGAAAGGGCGGCUUAGGCAAAAAUGAGCGUCUCGGUGGGUCGAAAACCCGAAAGGGCGGCCCAGGCAAAAAUUAGAGACAUCAAACAGAAAAAUAAUUAGCCUGAUAGGUCGAAAACCCGAAAGGGCGAUCUAUGCAAAAGUUAAGGACCAAAAGACAAAGUAACUGCAUCGAGCUGAUCUUCGUUCAUUUGAGGCACAAUGGAAUGUCAAGGAGACCCUGAAUCUGAAGCAUCCAAACAGUGGAAUUCAAGGUUGUCAGAGGGAACAACGGUUAUUGUGUUCAAUGAACCUUCGAUUUAUAUUUACCAUUUUCCAAACUUUGUAAGAUCAGUGGAGCCAUGCCAUUGGCAGGUCACCACUCUUUCAAAUAAAUUUGAGCCUGUUGCCUUUCAUUUGGAAUUCUCAUUUAUUCAGCUUAUAAAACCUUUCCUUUUUUAUGGUAGCAUUUGAAACAAAACAUUUCUCAAAAUCAUAAAUUUUCUUUCAUGUCUUUUUUGAGAAGCACAAACAACAAAACACUUUUUCUUUGAACUCGUGAAUAGAUGAAGGGUGUGUCAACAGCUACCCUGAGAAUGGAUAAACCUUGCAGGUUGCACGUGGUCAAUUGCUUUUUUUCAAAAAAAAAAAAAAAAAAAAAAAAAAAAA